UUGUCAGAAAAUCCAGUGUUUGUGUUGUUUGGCGCUUCAAAGAAGCGGAUUUCAACCAUGAGUGAGUUUCGGAUUCAUCAUGAUGUGAAUGAAUUGCUCAGUGUGCUUCGUGUUCGUGGAGGGGAUGGAGCGGAAGUUUACAUUGACUUGUUACAGAAGAACAGAAUUCCAUAUGUCACCACAUCAGUUUCUGCACACAGUGCUAAGGUAAAAAUAGCAGAGUAUUCCAAAACACCAGAAGACUUUCUCAAAAAAUAUAAUGAACUGAAGUCAAGAAAUGUGCGGAAUCUAGAUCCCCUGGUCUAUCUGUUAUCCAAGCUAACUGAGGAUAAGGAGACCCUGAAGUACCUCCAACAGAAUGCCAAGGACAGAGCAGAACAUUCAGCCAGUGCUACAGCCUCCAGCACCACCAGCUUCCAUAUCCCUCAAACUAGCACAAAAAUGUCUAUGCAGGAACUGGAGGAGCUGAGGAAGAAGCUUGGUAAUGUCACAGCCAGCUCCAACUUACAGCAGCCCUUGGAAGUUAUAAGGAAGAUGCUUCGAGAAAAGCACAAUAAGAAAAACCCUGUGCAGCCCAUCCCAGAGUUUCCAAACUGGGUGUAUGAGAGACCAGCCCUUAUUGGGGAUUUCAUUACUGUAUCCAGUGGAAGCACUGAUACAACUGUGCCUAUAGAUACCAUGGGAUUAGCUGCCCAGGAGCUUGUACUAGUGGAAGAUCUGUUGUACCUACUGAUUGGUGUAGAUGGCCGAUACAUCACAGCUCAGCCUGUCCAAGGCAGACAGAAUCGGUCCUUUACAGUGGACCCAACUCUAGACAUGUCAAUCAAGGAGCUUGUGAACAGGAUUCUGCCUGUUGCAGUGAGCUACUCCACAAUCAGCCGAUUUAUUGAAGAGAAAUCCUCUUUUGAGUAUGGCCAAAUAAACCAUGCACUUGCUGCUGGGAUGAGGACACUGAUGAAGGAGUACAUGAUCCUGGUGACACAGCUGGAGCAUUUGCAGAGACAAGGGAUGCUUUCUCUCCAGAAACUUUGGUUUUAUAUCCAGCCAACGAUGAGAACAAUGGAAAUUUUAGCUUCCCUUGCUACCUCAGUAGAUAAAGAAGACUGCAUGGGCGGAUCUACAUUAAGCCUUCUGCAUGAUCGAACUUUCAACUACACAGGAGACAGUCAGGCCCAGGAGUUGUGUGUCUAUCUGACAAAAGCAUCCAGUGUUCCUUAUUUUGAAAUUCUUGAGAAAUGGAUCUACAGAGGAAUCAUAAAGGACCCUUACAGUGAAUUCAUGGUGGAAGAGCAUGAGCUGCAAAAGGAAAAGAUUCAGGAGGACUAUAAUGACAAAUAUUGGGAUCAGCGAUACACAGUCGUUCAACACCGAAUCCCAGCCUUCUUACAAAAAAUGGCUGACAAAAUAUUAAGUACAGGUAAAUAUCUGAAUGUGGUAAGGGAGUGUGGUUGUGAUGUCACUUGCCCUGAGGCCAAAGAGAUCCUCUAUACACUCAAAGAAAGGGCAUAUGUGGAGCAAAUUGAAAAAGCUUACAAUUAUGCCAGCAAGGUUCUUCUGGAUUUCUUGAUGGAAGAGAAGGAGUUAGUGGCACGCCUACGAUCUAUAAAGCAUUACUUCCUGAUGGACCUAGGGGAUUUUUUUGUCUCCUUCAUGGACCUCACAGAAGAGGAAUUGAAGAAACCAGUAGAUGACAUCAUACCUACUAGGCUUGAAGCCUUACUGGAAUUAGCUUUGAGAAUGAGCACCGCCAACACAGACCCGUUUAAAGAUGAUUUGAAAAUUGAUCUCAUGUCACAUGAUGUUAUCACCCAGCUGCUUCGUGUUCUAGCUAUAGAAACAAAGCAGGAAAAAGCAAUCAUCAACGCAGAUCCCACUGAGAUUGCCCUUAGUGGGCUGGAGGCUUUCUCCUUUGAUUACAUUGUAAAAUGGCCACUGUCCUUGAUUAUCAAUAGGAAAGCUUUAACCAGAUACCAGAUGCUGUUCAGGCACAUGUUUUAUUGCAAGCAUGUGGAAAGGCUCCUCUGCAAUGUGUGGAUCAGCAAUAAAAAUGCAAAGCAAUAUUCCUUGCAUUCUGCUAAAUGGUUCGCAGGAGCAUUUACUCUGAGACAGCGUAUGCUGAACUUUGUCCAAAAUAUUCAGUACUACAUGAUGUUUGAAGUGAUGGAGCCAGCAUGGCAUAUAAUGGAGAAUAACUUGAAAUCUGCGUCAAACAUUGAUGAUGUGUUGUGCCAUCACACAAGCUUCCUGGAUAACUGUUUGAAAGACUGCAUGUUAACAAACCCAGAGCUGCUCAAGAUCUUCUCCAAGCUGAUGUCUGUGUGUGUCAUGUUCACAAACUGCAUGCAGAGGUUUACCCAGAGUAUGAAAUUAGAUGGUGAGACGAGUCGCCUAACACUGGAACAUGGAACAAUGAGAGGUCCUCCAACACAAAAUGAACGUACUGAGGAAGCUGAAAAGAAAAAGCUCACUUCCAAUUGUUUAUCGGAGCAUGUGGAUGCCCUUCAGUUAUCGGCAGGAUUUGAAGGAACCAUCAACAAGUUUGACAGUAAUUUUUCUACACAUCUGCUGGAUCUGCUGGACAGACUGAGUGUUUACAGUACCAAUGACUGUGAACAUAGUAUGAUCAACAUCAUCUACAGCACAACUGGACUUAAAGUCACUGGAAGGCAAGGCAGACAGGCCUGCUUCAUCCUGCCGCAGAGACUUCAGCCAUCUGUCAGGAUUGGACUUCAAUGGAUUCUACACAGAGCGUCUUGAGCGAAUGUCUGCAGAAAGGAGCCAAAAGAUAGCUCCUCCAGGAGCUUGUAGGGCCCCAUUAUCAACCCAUUAAAUCAUUGAACAUCGCAUGACUGUAAAUAGUGUUUUUAAAGUUAUAAAGAAAAAAGUGGAACACUCAACAUGCAUUUACCUUUUAGUGCAUUAUCACGGGUGUCAUCCCGCAGCUUGCAGGGUAUUUAUUAUCUCUUAAACUGGAUUUGACACUUAAUCUGUUAACCAUAUUUGUGUUUAUUCAAAUGGGAUUUACACUUAAAAAAUAACAUAUUGUCCAAGGCAAUUCUAAUGUGUUCACAAGAUUUCUUGUUGACUGAUAGAAAGGAAGGGACAAGGAAAUCCAAACUGAAGGCUCAAGACACACUCAAAACCUCAUUGCAGGAUGCAAUCUAGUACUCUUUUUAGCUUUUGGGGGAAAAAGUAAUUGUGUUUCUCAUUCCAUUAUUUGGGUUUCUCAAGCCCAGCUGAAUAGCAGUAGCAUCUUAUAUUGUUUUACUCAUUCCUACUUACCAGCAGGUCGUGUUUUCCUUGCUUUAUCCUACUAUUUUGAAGGUUAAAGGCUAAGGUCCUUGUUUAUCGUUUGGAGAUGUCUGCUUCCUCUGUGCCUUGGAAUAUAUUAUUGAGGUUGCUCGACGAACCAGGCCAGCCUUUAGGUCAUCUUGGCUUCCCAAGUAAGCUAUCUUUUCUACAUUUUCUGCUUCAGGUGAACUGAAGUAGGACAUGUAGGGAAAAGGAUUGCCUAUCUUUACCAGUUUUACUUAAAUAGAAUGUUAAAGCAAUUUAGGUAUUUUUUCAGAUGUAUUCAAAUGAAACCAUGCACUUUUUUUUAUUUCAUUUGAUUUUAAAUGUGUGUAUGGUCUUUUUACUGUCAUAGCUUUAGACUGAAGUGAAAAUAAUUACUUUUGUGUCAUGGUGUCUUUCAUCAUGUGCACAUUAUUUUAUCAGUGGUUCUCAAUAAACACCCUCGAGACAUACAUUGUCUUUUUAGUAAGGAUAUAGCAUGCCUGUAUAAGGGUGUGAUACUAGUUUUAAGCUACAGGUGGCGCUAUAAUUCUACAGUACUGUAUCUAAUACAGUAUCUAAUGUGCUUUUCCUUGGAAGUUAAGUUCAAAUGGAUGUGAAAUUACAGGUUUCUGAUUCAAACGGACCCUUGACUGCAACUUUUCCCUUUGUGUCUGUUUAUCAUAAGCACUGUGUCUCAGAACGACUGGGUCGUUAACACUUUCCUUCUCUUAAAUAGAGUUAAUUAAAGGUAAUGUUUAUUUAAUUGAUUCGAUUGUCUGGUAUUCUUAUUUUUGGUGACCUGUGUAAAAUACUUCCCGUAUCAUAUUACUUUUGCAGUUAUUCGCGACGUAGUCUCGCGGGUUCCGUGGGUUUACUGCAAAAAAAUGUAGUUGUGUUUUUUUUUUGUUUUUGGGUUUUUUUUUUUCCCCGGUAAUUAUACACAGUCAUUUUUCCUCCAUUUUGU